AUGGAGUGGUUAACGAGCGCCGAGGGCCUGAAUGCCCGUCAGGAGUUGGAGGCGUCCGUUCGUGAGCACCACCCUAACUUGCGUGAUGAGGAGGUCGACCUCAUUGUGGACGGUCGUCUACUACGCAUGGUUCGGGAGCGCGCUGCGGAGCAAGCACCUGCGAGCGGCCAGCAAGGAGGAACCGGUGAAGGAGGAGCUAGGCACGAGGCUCCAACGGCCGUGGGCAUUGGAGGAGGAGCUGUUGCACCGACCAUUGAUACGGGAAUGAUCGGGACGAGCUACGGCCAAUUCAAGUUUGGAGUAGAGCAUAUAUCCAUGACGCCGCUGCUGGAGGGAAGGCACGACCUCACCGCGUGGGUCAGCGCCAUCCGACCUCAGCUCCAAUGCGCUGAUUUGUGGCAGUUUUGCAACGGGACAGCACCAAGCCCGACCCCGAAUAACCCUUUGCAACGAAGGCAGUACGCAAAGGGUCAAAUGCUUGCAUUCAUGGUGCUGAAUCGUUGUGUUUCUCCACCCAUCCGAAUGUCUAUUGCCGGUUUCUCUCAGCAAGAGAAAGCCGGGCAGAUGGCAUGGGCAUACAUCUUGUCUACCUAUCAAGCUCGUGAUGCCCUCCACGCUUCCCUACUUCAGACCCAGCUAGCCCAACUCAGGAAGGGAGAUGAUGAGACGGCGGAAUCCUACUGCACUAGGGCCCGCACCAUCCGAGUGGAGCUGCUGACCAUUGGACAGGAGGUCCACAUGGCCACGUUUGCCGCUCACGUGCUGAAGGGCCUGCCAUCAGAGUACGGGUUCCUUCGCCGCAAGCUUGACAUCUCCAGCCCCGACAUGACGGUGGAACGUGUGUGCAGCGAGGUGUUGAUGGAGGAGCAGACUCUCUCCAUCGAACAGAGCUACAAGCAGAUCACCAGUGAUGCAUCUGCUUUCUCGGGCGCCGUCAACACGAUCGUGGCUACAACGGGGGUCAACGGGAAGGAGGGAAAAGGAGGGAAGGAGCAGACGGACAAGAAGAAGGAUGGCAAGCGGGAGAAGAAGCGAGGCCCCUUCAAGGGGCGCUGCUACAACUGCAAUGAGGAGGGGCACAUGGCUGCCAAGUGCCCCAACAAGAAGAAGGAUGCAACGCCCGCGGCAGCCGCGAACGUUGCUGAAGGAGACGGGAAGGGCGUGGCGCUCACCGUCGCGUGUUCGGCUGCAAAGCUGCUGGUCAACGACAAGGACCUGUGGUUCCUUGACUCGGGAUGCUCCCAACACAUGUCCGGCAGCAAGGAGUGGUUCACGAUGAUCCGUGAUCCAUCUGCAACAAAAUCCGUCAAAGGGUUUGAUGGUUCAAUGCAGGAAGUCGCCGGUGUUGGAAUGAAGGCCAACUUGGUCUCCCCUGGGCAGCUCUUGGACAAUGGAGCAAAGAUGCAAACCAAGGAAGGUGUCACUUGCAUCAUCGCACCAGGAGGUCAAGUGGCUGCAACGGCACGAUACCGCCAUCGCCUUCAUUGCCUUGACCUGAAACCGGGGCCAGCAAGGAACGGUGCAACGGCUGCAGCAUGCAACGGUACGACGGCUGCAGCGGCAUGCAACAAUAUGGCGGCUGGAGCGGCGAGCAACGGCACAGGGGCUGCAUCGGCAUGCAACGGCACGGCGAAGGAGAUUGCUGAUGUGGCGUCAAGCAAGCCGGAAACUAAGGAUGGAGCGGCCAGCCUCAAGACGUAUGCGGUGGGCUCCAAGGCAACGCCCAACCUGUGGCACGCUCGCCUUGGACACGUCCACUUCGAUGCGGUGAAGCGGACAGCCAUGAGCGGUGGCGUGUUCGGUAUGGACCUGGAGAAAGGAGCAAGGCACCUACUGCCCCUCCUCCUCUUGGUCCACCCUCCGUUACUAAUUCGGCGCCCGUGGGACCAGAGGAUGGUUCCCUUGAGGACGGAGGCGACACGGCUGAUCUUGAGGAGGAAGGAGAGGUAG